AUUUAUAAAAUUUCCUGAUUUAUAAAAGCAGUGAAACCUGUGAGUUUGGUGGCUCGGAGCCCAGACCCGGCUCCAGUUCCCGCAUCGAACUGGGACCAGUUCCCGCAGCACCCUCCACCGGUCCUCCCGCGCGCUAGGGGGCGCCGCGAAUGCGGAAGCGCCUCUCUCCGGCGGGCCCCGCCCGCUCCUGGGCGGCCGCGGUGGCAGCAGCAAGGCACCACCGAGGUACCAUCGAGGCGGCGGCACAGAGCGGCGGCGGGGCCGCGAUGGCGGCGGAGGCGGACGAGGAGUACGAGUCGGUGCUGUGCGUGAAGCCGGCGGUGCUCGUGUACCGGGUACCGCCGCGGGCCUCCAACCGCGGCUACAGGGCCGCCGAGUGGCAGCUGGACCAGCCGGCCUGGAGCGGCCGCCUGCGCAUCACGGCCAAGGGCAGCACGGCCUUCAUCAAGCUGGAGGACAGGAGCUCGGGCGAGCUCUUCGCCCAGGCUCCCGUGGAGCAGUUCCCCGGGAUCGCUGUGGAGGGCGUGACGGACUCCAGCCGAUACUUUGUCAUCCGGAUUGAAGAUGGGAACGGCCGCCGGGCGUUCAUCGGGGUCGGCUUUGUGGACCGAGGGGAUGCCUUUGACUUCAACGUGGCUCUCCAGGACCACUUCAAGUGGGUGAGGCAGCAGAGCGAGCUGGCCCGGCAGGCCCAGGACCUGGAGCAGGGACCCAAACUGGAUCUGGGCUUCAAGGAGGGACAAACCAUCAAACUCAACAUUGCUAACAUGAAGAAAAAAGAAGGAGGGACAGGGAGCACCAGGCCACGUCCUGCAGGGCCUGGGGGCCUGAGUUUGCUCCCACCACCCCCUGGAGGAAAAUCCAGCUCUGGGGAGCGCCCGGCCCCGCUCUCCACGCCUGCCCAGCUCCCAGGCACCCCCAUCACAGACUCCCUGCUGUCCUGGCCUCAGCCCACUGCUGCUCCUGCUACUGAUGUCUGGGGAGACUUUGCCAAAGCUUCGGGGUCGACUUCCAGUCAGGCUCAGGGAAACACUGGCUGGGUUCAGUUCUGAUCCCACCUUGAUCCACCUUUCCCCUGUGGGUGCUGGGAUCCUCAGGAUUAUGUGGGACCAAAGAAGCAGCCUCAGGACACCUCACUCCUGCCCUUAAACCCACCUGGCAUUGGAAUGCUGGAAUAAGUGCUGGAAAGAAACAGCCACGUGCCUUAAAACACUCCACAUCCAGGGCCUGCAUCCUGGGAGACCUCAGAGGCUUCUCCUUUGGGAAAAACCAUCAUGUUCCUCCCUCUCCUUGAUAAGGAGGGAGAGCUUGGCGUCUCCUCAGAGAUUCCUCUGCCUUCUGCUCGUGCUUUUGGGUGGAUCAGUCCUUCCCUGGGCGAGGAGCAUCCUCCUGGAGCCAUCUCACCUCCCAAAUCCACACAAGCCUUUCCCUCCCAAGAUGCCAAGCACCACCUGGAUUUUCUUUCUGAGCACUUAACUGGGAUGUGGGGAGCCUGAUCCCGGCAUUCCCCUGCUGAAAUUCCUUACUGAAGUUUCUUACUCUGGGAAGUUUGUUUUACUCCUCUAUUUUGAAGACACGAUUUUUUACUCAUUUCUAUGGACAUUUUAUUAAGGACAGAAUGGAGUCAGGCUCUUGGACAGAGCUGGGGUUGAGAUUCCUCUUGAAACAAAUAAAUAUUUUCUUACCUAUUUAUAUUAAGGCUUUUCUGAGUACGAAAUCCCACUUAUUUUUAUCCAACCCUUUGGAUUUUCCUUUCCAUUUCCAACUGGAUGAUGGGCAUUUUGCUUUCAGAGCUUUCCCCUGGGCCUGGCAGCAAACCCAGGUGAGAAUGUAACGCUUCUGAGUGAACAAUAAAACAGUUUUGAUGCCA